ACCUGUCUUCCUUUCAAUCCUCUGUUUCUCUCUCUUGUGUCUGGACAAGGUGUUUUCUGUCUUGUAAUCUCUGUUUUUGCAUUUGGAAAUUAAAGCAAAAAACUUUAAGGUGGUCGAAAACAGAGCAAGUUCCAAAAGGGAAGGAGGCCGAGUUCCUCACCAGGGAACGACGGUUUUCCUCUUCUCUUUUGUUUCAUGUCGGAAUAUUAAUUGCUAACCCCUUCCCAGGUUAAGUACAUCUGGAGAGUCCUCUACAUUACUUGAAAAAACUUGCUGCCAUGGGCGUCUGUGUCUCGAAACCAAAUGAAACUAUCAACCCUCAUCAGAAAAAGGUCCACAGACUCGGCAAGCGCCGGAGUAAGGGGAAGAAGACGAAGAAGGUUGCUUCCGUCGCCAUCCCUGAUGCGCCCAAAAGACGGUCUGUGAGUGAGUUUGUGCAUCUUGACUUUGAGAAAGGUGCUGCAACCACCUGCAAGAGAUCUGAGGUUUCUAAUGGAACAUAUCAUCUCACUCAGCUUCAGUGGAACCACAGUCAAAUUGAUGCACAUGGCGGGAAAGGCCCAGGGGAAGCAUGGUUUGACUCACUAAGCAUUCUGGAAUCUGAUUCAGAAGAUGAUUUCUGCAGCGUGCAUGGAGAUGGGUUUCCUUUAGCAGGGAACAUCCCAAAUGCUCAAUUGCUGCAGUAUGAAAGUGCAUCAUGCAUCGUCGAUAAUGGAUGUAAGUACGAAGGGUUCUACGAAAGUUAUCUAAAAAUAGAUGGAAAUGCACGCCAUUCUGUUGAGAAAACCCAAGUGAGUUUCAACGACAAGAGUCAGAAGAACCCGGCGGUGAUCAUGCUUUAUAAGAGGAAGUCCGUUGACGACAGCGAAAGGAACGGUGCGUCCGAUCAGAAGUACUUAUUCCGUCCAAGAGCAGGACUUCGAAUCCCUUGCUCAACUGAAGAGAAGUCAGCUCCGGGAUCCUGGUCUCCAGUUCCACCUUCAGUAUUCAAGCUCCGCGGCGAGAAUUAUUUCAAGGAUAAACAGAAGUACCCUGCUGCAAACUGCAGCUCGUACGUACCAAUUGGUGUCGAUUUGUUCAUCUGUCCCCGAAAGAGAGAUCACAUUGCUCAGCAUCUUGAGCUUCCUUAUGUAAAACCACAUGACAAAGUUCCUUCCCUCCUCAUUGUUAACAUACAGUUGCCUACUUAUCCUACAACAAUGUUCCUCGGCGAUUCAGAUGGGGAAGGCAUGAGUCUUGUGCUAUAUUUCAGAGUGAAUGAAAACUUCGAAAAAGAGAUAUCAUCUCAGUUUCAAGACAGCAUCAUGAAAUUCAUUGAGGAUGAGACCGAGAAGGUGAAGGGGUUUGCAAAGGAGUCUCUGGUUCCUUUCAGGGAAAGGCUAAAGAUCAUGGCUGGAUUGGUCAAUCCAGAUGAUCUCCAGUUGAGUUCUACUGAAAGAAAGCUCAUACAUGCUUACAACGAUAAGCCGGUGCUUUCACGCCCCCAACAUAAUUUCUUCAAGGGACCUAAUUACUUUGAGAUUGACCUGGAUAUACAUAGGUUUAGCUACAUAUCCAGGAAAGGACUUGAAUCAUUCAGAGACCGUUUGAAGAAUGGGGUACUUGAUUUGGGAUUGACAAUCCAAGCACAAAAACAAGAGGAACUGCCAGAGCAAGUCCUGUGCUGUUUACGCUUGAACAAGAUUGAUUUCGUGAACCACGGUCAAAUUCCGACUCUCGUAACUAUGGACGAUUAAAUCGGACAGGCACUGAACCUGGAUCCCGGAGGGUUUCUAGAAUUCCGGCCAAAACACCAAGCAAAUGUUUGUAAACAUUCGGGGGCUUCGACCGCGCUUCGACCUAAUCCAAUGGUGCAAGAAAAGGAAGACAGAGAAAUGAACUGCAAAUGCAUUACAAUUGAUCUUGUACAAAAUGUCAUCAGUAUCUGUAAUCGUAUGCUUUAUAGUUAACACUUAACACCAUGCAUUUGCUAUCCGUCCUCAUCCAUUAAACCUGUAAACCGUAUCUAAUCACCGCGAUAAAGCUUAUAAGAAUGAGGACAUAAAAGGCCGUAAGAACCUGAUUAGCGCUUUUUCUUGUACAUGCCAUCGACUAACGAUGAUUAGCACAAAGUUUUGUUCUACAAUGUCAGAUGUGCGCAGCGAUUGGUGUGCGCUGACACAGCAACAAAA